UACCUGGUCUGAAAAACUAUGAUAUUUAGAGAGAACGAGGGUAAAUCUGAAGUGGUUGCAUUGAAUGGCGUCACUUUUGACUGCUAUAGGGGUGAAGUUACCAUGGUUUUAGGACCCAACGGCGCUGGGAAAACCACCCUUAUGCUUAUAGUGGCAGGUAUGAUCAGCGCUACCAAAGGCACAGUCUACGUGAACGGCAUGGAUGUAGCACACAAAGUGAUGGAGCUGAGAGAGGACGUGGGGCUCUGCAUGCAGGAGAACAUCUGCUUCCGACACCUCACUGUUCGAGAGAACAUCACCUUCUUUAGAAAGUUAAAAAGAAAGCCUAAGGAAGGCUUCACAGUGGACCAACUGCUGAAGAAACUCAAGCUGUCUGAUGUCGCUGACCAUUAUAGCAAGCAACUGUCUUCUGGCACUUGUAGAUGUUUGCAGGUCGCUUGCGUAUUGGCGGGAGAUGCAAAUGUGUUGGUGCUGGAUGAACCGACCUCUAGCAUGGAUAUGGAUAUCAGGCAUCGACUGUGGGACCUUAUUAUGGUUCUUCGCGGCCAAAAAACAAUACUGAUGACGACAUCGUGCCUAGAGGAAGCGAAUGUGCUCGGCGACAGAAUAGUUAUUCUAAAUAAUGGAGAACUCAAAUGUCACGGCACACCUACCUUCCUCAAAAAUGCUAUCGGCACCAGCUUCAAUUUAUCAAUAACGACCCGAGACAGUACCCACAUAGCGGAUGUCAAGGAAAUAGUAGAGAGUGUGAUUACUGAGCCCAACAGUACCACUCACGGUACUCAGCGGAUAACCUUCUCUCUGCCUUGCAAGGAGUUUCGGAAAUAUCCAGAACUUUUUAGAGCUUUAGAAGCUAAGAAAACGGCUUUUGGCAUAGAUAGAAUGGAUGUUGGGAUGUUUAUGGAAGAGGUUUUUUCGAACUUCAUUGAAGCUUCAGAAAGGGAGUAUAUAAGAAAUGACACGGACACUACAUUUCGACAUUUUACAGUAAAAAAGUACGCUGGUUUGCAACUUACACUAAGACAGAUAAAGCUGCUACAUUGGCGAGUUUUUGAAUAUUUUUUUGCAAAGAAAUAUCAGUUUUUAGUGUUGCGAGUAGUAGUACCAAUACUAUGUAUAAUAAUAAUAACGUUGACCACAAACCACGUGUUGCGUUUCGACAAGAUAUUCAGUCAUCAUAUAUCGAGCCCUACUGCCGAUAAGCCGAAACAGCUACUGUAUAACGUCGGUCCGUUUAGACGAAGUGCGGUGUAUAGCGGCAUGGACCACUUUCCCGGAGUCCAGCCGCUGUUUUCUGUUGAUAUUGAUAGGGAUUUCAGAGACCCAACAGCAGGUUACCUGAACGACGAAACUGUAGGCUUCAAAAUAACUGAUAAUUACACUAAAAUAUUCCAUCCUUUAAGCCCGUUACGAAGUACACAAUCCGUCAAUAUGUUCAGCAACUUGUAUAUGGCCAUAUUUCUGCCUUAUUUAAAGAAUUCUAUUCGCACUACGUAUGAACCCCUUUUGGACCUCAAGGCGGGGGUCGUUAAAGUACCCAAAAGCACGUUUUUGUGCCUCAAGUGGACAUCUUGGGUGACUUUUUUGGCCAUCCUCCCACUGACUCCAAUAAUAAUCCUAUGCAUAAAGGAACGUAAAUGCGGUGUCAGAGACAACCACAUGAUGGCGGGGUGUUCCCCCUUUAUACACUGGCUGUCAAAAUUACUGGCCCACAUGAUAGUUUUUAUGAUAGUCAUAAUUAUACCUGUAUUAGUGAUUGCGGUGCUACUGGAUUUUGACAGGACAUUUCAACAGCCUAGGUAUUUAGGGUCAGUAUUUGCGAUGCUAUUAAUGUUCGGACUAGCGUUUCUAGCACAGUUAUAUCUACUGAGCUUUAUUCUACAUGAGAGUCUAGCCAUCAGCCAGAUUUAUAUUACUUCUAUAUUUUUUGGCAUCGUCUUCCCAGUCUUACUCGCCGUUCUAGAACCUUCCUGGCGUUCAUCCAUGUACCUAGCGAUGCCAUACUUCAUGUUAGAAGCGUCAGGCCGCAUCAGUCCCCUGUUCGCGUUCGGCGUCGGGCUCGGCCGCCUCACGCUGCAGGCGCGGCUCAACACUUACUGCUCGCUCAACAAACGACUCUGCCCUGACUUGCUCAUCGAUGACGAUAGCUUUGAUUCUAAUCAUUGUUGCAAGUCGGCAUCAAUGGAGCCUUUUCCAUACCUAACAACAUAUGAAUCUGGCUUGUUUGAUUUUAUUAACUUGAUCGUGCACUUCAUGCUGUUUGGGAUCCUUGUCAUUCUUUUAGAAUACAAAAUACCACAAUAUGCGUAUGAGCAGUUUUCCCUAGUUAAUUACAAACCACCUGAACAAGUAUUCAACGAUGAAAACGUUAGAAGGGAGAAGAAUUAUGUGCAAACUAUGAUUAGAACUAAGAACUACGAAGAAAAUAUUUUAGUAGUGAAUAACAUCCACAAGGAAUACGCACUUGAGGUGAAAAAGAAACAAAGACGGAAUGCAGUUAGAGGUGUUUCUUUUGCCACCAAACUUGGCGAAUGCUUCGCGAUCCUCGGCCCUCAGGCGACCGGCAAGAGUUCAGUGAUUAACAUGAUUGCUGGGAACCUCGUCAUGACUAGAGGAAAGUCGCUCAUUCAAGGUCAACAUAUUAGGGUCAACCGGCUUCAGUAUGUCCACAAAAUCAGUUUGACCUCCCACGCGAGAGGGUUGGAUGAUUUCAUGACAGGUCAUCAGAACUUGAUGUUCAUAGCGAGGCUGCAAGGCUACUCAUGGAAUAAGGCACAUAGAAUGUCUGUGAUGGCUCUGCGUUAUAUGGGUCUUCACGCCAACGACACAGUGGUAUCAGCCUACAGCAGCGGCUGUAGACGACGCUUGAGUCUUUGUAACACGAUGAUACUAGCCCCUACAGUGGCAUUCUUAGAUGAACCUAUGAGGGAAAUGGAUGAGUUCUGCAAACCGCUGGUCGCUAAAGCUCUGCAGCGGCUAAUGGCUGAACCCGCUUCGGUUGUUGUUGCUUUAACUAGCGUGGACUGGCGUCUCCUCCAGCCAGUGAUCACGCGCAUAGCAAUAAUGUCCAAAGGUCAGUUCGCGGCCAUCGGACCGGCUGACGAGAUCCUACAGUCAAUCGCCAAGGGGUAUACUGCCAGGAUCAAGCUUAGAUUGGUCACGGCAUAUAGGAAGGACAGGUAUAGAAUCUUCGCUGAGGAUGACGAAUCUUCUGAAUCCGAAUCGGAAGACGACAGUAUAAAUUUGCAUACGGAAACAAGUUUGGAGUACGCACAGAGAGUUGUCGACUAUAAGGCGGAGUUUCUGAACAUGUUCAGCAACAGCAGGCUUACUGCUGAACAUUUGAGCAUGUUAUACUUUUACAUAGAAGACGAUAACAACACUCAACUGUAUAGUGAGUUGUUUGCUAAACUACAGGAGUUUAAGGAGAAAUUCGAUGACGUUGUAGAAGACUAUUACCUCAGUGUUACCACAAUGGAAGAUGUGUUUUGGAGAUUGGAACACGAGAGGGACACUGAAAAUGUUGUUUAACAUAUUUUUUGGGUUGCCCAGAAAAUUGGUGUAACGCGGUCUGAUUGGUAGACAGUCGUAUGUAAAGCAUUGAACAAUAAUUUUAAAAUAUUAUUUGACUAAUAGGACUACAGAUGUGUGCAAAUAGUCUUUUGUGUUAAUGAUAUUCCGAAAAGUCAUUAAAUAAAUACUGGUUUUUGUACUUUUAUAUUUUUUAUGUACCGAUUAUGGCAACCCUAUUUUAGACUAAUGGGGGGAAAACACAAAAUUUGAUAUCCAUAGUGUUAUUGUUUGUUAAAAUGAAUAUAUUAGUCUUGUAUUUUAAAUAGAUAUUAAUUUCAUUAUUUAUUUACCUUAAUUAUUGAAUACAUUUUGAAUUAUAAUUUAA